AUGGUGGUCUGCUCUGUACCACCAGAGCACGUGCCGCGGCACAGCAAAGCCGCCAAGGCCCAGUUGCAUGUGAAGCAGAUGGUCUAUGAACGCAUCGAGAUGUUGCGCUUGAAACGUUUGGACGUUCUCCGGGCCAAAUUGCAGGAGGCCGCCAUCGUUGUCCUACAAAGGAACUGGCGGCGUCAUGUGGAUGCCCAGAAUGCCAUCGACGAGCGAAAGGAGAAAGGUGAUGCUGACAAGCGCACCACCACCAUGUUGGUGGCCUUGCUGGAAGGCGCUUCAGCCUUGCGGCACUUCAUCCACCCCUGGUGGCGGCAUCUUCCACCGCAAGUCCAGGCCAUCCUGAAGGAAUUGAAGGGGCCUUUGCAGAGAAGCAUUGCCCUGCUGCCAGUGACCGGGAAGUUAGGUUCCGAAGAGCUGGGCCGGCGGGGCCUCAACGUGGCCAGCAUGGAACAUCUGCAGGGGGUUCAGGCAUCGAAGGAUCCUGAUCUUGCAAGCCACUUGCUGCUGCAGGUCAGCAGGCACCUGCUGUCGCAUGUGCCGGCAGAACUCUUCCCAGAGACCAUCAAGUGGGCUUGCUACGCCAUAGGGCAUCAGGCCAUCAAGUUGCACCAGACAGAUGGCUACUACCCACAGGAGAUCAUUCCAGUGGGAAAAGAUAUGCCCCCUCAUCCGCAUGACAAGCUUCAUUGCCUCUUCAAGGAGAUGGACAUUUACAAAACCCGCACCGAUUCCAUGAUGACCUUCCCCGAAGAGUCCAUGCCUAUGCUGACCUUAACCGGGAUGCCCUCGCACCAUCGCCACGUCUUCCUGACCGCUGAAGUGCUGGUGACCAUGAGGCAAGCCUUGGAUUCCCCGGCCAUCUCCACGGACGAUCACCUGAAGUUUCAAGGAUUGGAUGCCUCUGCUGGUGCUCAACUCAUGGAGGUGUUGGGUGCGGAGAUUGAACAUCGCCUGCCCUUGGAUUGGCCCAACCAACAUGGCACAGUGGCAGCGCUGGCGCAACAACUGGGCUCACAUGUCAUGGAAGUCAAGAAGGAGCCUUUGAGUGAGAAUAAGGAGGAGAAGAAGACGUAUGCGAAGGGUGAAGAGAAACCCAACUCCCUCUCCAUCUUCAAUCGAGCGGCAGUGAUGCGCGUCAUUCAGCAGGUUGGAUACCUCAUGCGGGAUCAGUACAAGAUCAUGGAUUCCGUGCUGGGCUUGCAGGAUGAAGAGAGCACCAAGAAGGGCGAAGGCGUACGCCAGGGCCGCUUCGUGCUGAUGACGGAUCGACUCUUUGACAUGGCGGACCGGGCGCCCCACGACCAUUGUUCUUUCGUUCUGGCCGUGGUGCUGUUCCACAUGAUCAUUCGUGCCUUGGUGCUGCGGCUCCUGUAUCAUCGGGCGGCCAUUAGCCUGCAGAAGAGGUACAGAUACCUGAAAAAGAAGAAGAAGUCGCGCAACGCGGUGGCACCGGCCAUUUGUAUCCAGCGCUUCUGGCGUGGUCUGCGCACAGGGCUGCAGAUCACCCGCAUGGAGCUGGCGGUGGAGAAGAUCCAGCAUAGCUACAGGGCAUAUCGCUGGAAUAGCCGCAACGCCAAAUUCCUGAAGGCCACUUUGCACCUGCAGCGUGUUUGGCAAGGGGCCCUGACGCGACAAUGGAUUCGACGCUUGAACGAAUCGGCCAUUGACAUCCAGAGGUAUGCCCGUGGCCUCUUGGUGCGGGUGUCCCUGGACCGCUUCGGCCGGGAACUGCUUCGCAAGAGCCAGACAGAUCUCACGCAGCUCAUGAAACGACGCGAGGAGCUGGGGGAAGAUGAGUAUCUCGCCCAAGCUUCAGCCAUCGCGGAGAAGGCUAAAAUCAGCUUGAGCAAGCAUCGGGACCGGAACGUGGACCUGCGGCGCAACGGCGCGUCGACUUUGAAGUCCAAGCAGGCUCGCAUCCUGGACAAGCGGAAGAAGAUCAAGAUGAAGGGCUCCCUGCAGCCAGUCAGGAUCUCCAUCUUCGAGACCUUCUGUGCAGUUGCACGACGCACCGCUCAGAGUCAGCAGAACGCUAGGUUCGGCUGCAUCCACUCCGGUGUCUUGACGGAGGUGCGAAAGUGCCACCGCAGACUCAACAGGACCAUGCCCAAUGAUGAUUACGCCAAAGAUCCCAAGAUGCGCACGGCCAUGCACGCUGCGGCCAAGCGGGGUCACGCGGCGAUGUUUGUGCAGCGCAACACCAAGAACUGUGAGGUGACAGCAUCGAAGCGAUGCCUUUUGGCAGACGACGAAUUCGAGAAUUGGAUGAAACAGCAAUUUCAGGUCGCGUAGCCGCUUAUCACCACGUUGGCACUCAUGAAGCCCGGUUUGACCUCGCUCCAAGAGCCAGGUUUGAAGCCCUGGGCCGUGCAUGUGGUCCCUGAGAUCCUUUGGCUUCCGCAGGUUUGAACAUCUAAUUCACCAAGACCGAGCAUGCUUCGACUUUGGAGAUGAUCA